GCUGCACAACCAGGGGGACAUGCCCGAUGAGGAGCAAGACUGGCAUUCAUGGCGGAGAUUGAAGACGGGCAAGGCCUCUGCCGCUGCUGGGCCAUCUUUUGUCCGGGCAACGAAGCUGACGAGACGAUGGGGCGAGGUUCGACCAGAGCUGGAGGAGGAAGAGGGUUCGGGAGAAGAGGGCGAAGAGGAGGAUGACGAUAUCUUCUCCCGGCCCAUGAUGGAGGCCAAGGAGACACAAUCCGCGAGUAGACGAGAGACAGACUCGGUCUCAACGAUGUCUUUGGACAAUGUUCAUACAGCAAAGGAACAGUCGAUGUCGUCGUUCUAUGCUGAGCUGGCGAAGAAUAUGCCUGCGCAGUCGCCAACGCUACCCUUGGGAAGAGCAAUAACGCCACGUCCAGAGCCGCAGAGGCCGAAGAAAUCUGGGUACAAUCGGCAUGAGGAGAUGUUGUCGAAGCGAAAGGAAGACUGGUUUAUCGAAAAAGCGAGAAUGAAGUUGUUGGGACAGGCGAUGAGAGAGAACUCUGGCGAGAAAGACUUAAGUCGGACAAGCCAGACAAUAGCUCAGCGUCUGACGACGGAGCCGCCACUUCCGCAGCCUAUGAAGCCAAAAUUGGCCCACAGCAGCUCCGUCGCCGCUGUUGCCCCAAAGGGCCCAAAUGAGGAGCCGACCAUGGCGCUCAGACCCGGCAAUCUCGGCUACGCAGCGCUGGAGCGCAUGGGCUGGCGAGUCGGUAUGGGCUUGGGAAGGGAUGAAUACGAAUGGGCGGCCUCGUCGGGGCUCCUGCGUCCUGGAGAGAUCGCACAAGGCAAAAAUAGACAUCGAGAGGAGGUUGACCUUUGCUCUGAGAGUGAUGUCGGCGAAGACAGCACAAGGAAGAACGGAGCCAAGGAAAGGCAGAGGGAUCCCGUCACGAUCAGCGAUGAUAGCGAUGACAGUGACGAAGGGGAAGACGGAGCUGGCUGGCUCGAGAAGAUCAUUGCGCAAGGGGACGACGAUGGGUUCCGCUUUGGCGAGACAGAAGAGACUGCCCAAGAAUUCUUGUCAGAUACGAUCGAUGCUGCUCAACCGCAUUCGGAGCCGGGCUCUGCGUCGCCACCGGCACGAUCAGACGACCACAGAGAUCAGCUUUCUCGGACUCGUCCACGGUUGACGCCUCUCUCCCUUCAUGUCCGCCCCGAUCGUCGAGGGGUGGGCGUGUCUCUGCCAUCUUCGUCGCGCGUCCGUGAUCUACCCCAUGAGAUCACGCAGUUUCGACGCAAUCACUCGACCUUACGGCAUCGAGAGCUAGAGGCACAAGGCCGCAGAACAAGAAAGACGAAGAAGCAGAGGAGGGAAGACCUCGAGCGGGAGAAAGAGGAAUGGAAGUCUCUGCGAAACAGUCUCCGCUGAAUAUAACGAGAUCCAUUAACGAAGCAACACGAACAAAGCACAUCCUGCAAUCUGUAUAAUAGAGCUUCAACAACAAUAGCAUCUAGAGCUUGGCAAGCGUCCAGCUGGCCUGAAUGCGGUUGGCAAAUUCGAGGUAG